CGUUCGUGGGCGCGCCCUGCUGCCAUUUCAAUUCUCCUCCUCCUGCUCUUGCUCCGACAGACAGAAGCGGGAUUCCGGCGAGUGCUGCGAUUGGCAUGGUCGCUUGCGGCAGCGGAGGACGACGAUGCAUCCGCGCGGUGGCGGCGGCGGUGACCGGGCGGCGGUGAGGAAGGGGCCGUGGACGGCGGAGGAGGACGAGGUGCUGCGGCAGCACGUCCGCGAGCACGGGCCCCGCGAGUGGAGCUCCAUUCGAUCCAAAGGCCUCCUCCCCCGCACCGGCAAGUCCUGCCGCCUCCGCUGGGUCAACAAGCUCCGCCCAAACCUCAAGACGGGCUGCAAGUUCUCGGCGGAGGAGGAGCGGGUGGUGAUCGAGCUGCAGGCGCAGUUCGGGAACAAGUGGGCGAGGAUCUCCACGUACCUCCCCGGCAGGACCGACAACGACGUCAAGAACUUCUGGAGCACGCGGCAGAAGAGGCUCGCCAGGAUGCUCCGGGCGCCGCUGUCCCGCAGGAGGCCCGCCGCCGCAAGGCACAGCGCCAACGGUGGCAGCGGCGGCGCUCCUUCUUCUUCGACUGCGGCGUCUCGUGAUCAGCUUCUGCGCGCCCCAGAGCCCGAGCCGCUGCGUCAGGAUCAAGUUCCCUGCUUCGGCACGAUGAUCCCCUUCCAAGAGACGCCGAUGAACCAGCACCACAUCGGCGAGAGCAGCCAAGAACCACCACCUACUGCGGUCGGUUCCCCAUUCCCCGGACUACUCGGACACGGAUCCAUCCUGCCGUCUCCCAUCGGGUUCGCCGCCGCGGCAUGCAGCAGCUCGUACGGCGCCUCUCCGGAGGCUCACCAUCCGCUGUCCUACCUCUACGCCGGCGACCCUGCGCUGAUGUUUCAUGGCGCUGGAUUCGUGGACUCGUCCGCACUUGUCCACGGCGGCGGCGUCGCCUACCUGGAGCCGAAACGGGAACUGGAAGAGCAGCAGCCACCGGCCGGGUUCUUUGGGCUGGGGGAGGACGACGACGACGUCUACGGCCACAUCCUGCCGGCACGGAGAGGCGCACCUGACGUGCUCUUCGACGACCUGGCCCCGGAGAUGUUCGACUUCUUCGAGCUGCCGCCGUCGCCGCCACCAUCGCCGCCCACGCGGCCGUAGACCGUCAUGGGCAAACGCUGCAGGAUGCUGAGGUGCAUCCUGACUAAUUAAGCCAUUAAAGAUGCUCUGAUCUGGGAGUUCAUUUGUGUAUUUGUAAGCGCGUAUUUUAAUU